AUGGAUGUGAAGCCCAGUCACUCCGUGAAGCUGAACGAUGGACACCGCAUGCCAGUGCUCGGAUUUGGCACGUACGCUUUCGCAGAUACUUCCAAGAGCAAGGCUGGCGAGGCCACCAGAGUGGCUAUUGACGUAGGUUUCCGUCACAUCGAUGCAGCGUACUUCUAUCAAAACGAGGAGGAGGUCGGACGGGCCAUUCGCGAGAAGAUCGCCGACGGCACCGUGAGGAGAGAGGACAUCUUCUACACCACCAAGCUUUGGGCUACUUUCUUUCGACCAGAAUUGGUUCGACCAGCCCUGGAAAGGUCACUGAAGAAGCUUGAAUUGGACUAUGUAGAUCUCUUCAUUAUUCACGUACCAUUUGCUAUGAAGCCGGGGGAGGAACUGCUGCCAAAGGAUGUCAAUGGGGGAUUUAUUUUAGAAACUGUGAACAUUCGUGACACCUGGGAGGCCCUGGAGAAGUGCAAAGAUGCAGGUCUAACCAGGUCCAUCGGGGUGUCCAACUUCAACCACAAGCAGCUGGAACUGAUCCUGAACGAGCCGGGGCUCAAGUACAAGCCCGUCUGCAACCAGGUUUUUGACUUCAAAUUGACUCCAGAAGACAUGAAAGCCAUCGAGGGCCUCAACAGAAAUUUCCGAUAUACUGUUUUAGAAUUUGCGGCUAAUCACCCUUACUAUCCAUUUUCUGAGGAAUACUGACCAUGAGUUAUUCAACAUGACUACCAGCAUUUCCUCUGUUUAGGUGGCGCGGAGAGGAUUUCUGUAUUUGCCGGAGGAGAAUGGAAAGCAGUGUUUAUAAUUCCAAGUUGUUUUCCUCUCACUUUUUUCAGGUUA